UUCCAAAAUGAGCAUAAAGCCCCUCGACAGGCCGGAAGGGUUAGGGUUUAGAAGUAGGUUAUCAGAAAACCUGAUUUUCAAUGGCUGAAGAAGAGGGAACACGCAAUAUUGAUAAUGAAAGAUACUCAACCCAACAACAACAACAGCAACAAGAAGAAGAAGAAGAAGAAGAAGAAGGAGGAGGAGAAAGAGAAGGGGAUCAGAAAGUUGUGAAGUUUCUUGAUUCGGUGGAUAGCUAUCUGACCCUAGUCGACUCUUUAUCUUCAACACUUCGCCAGGGAUGGUUGGAAUUAGCUGGUGCUCGACAUUCCAUGGGUGCUUCACGAAUCAGUAGUGCCUUGUUUGACCUCAAAAGCCACUGUGCUGCUACAACAUUGCAAAUUACAGAGGAUGGUGUUGACUCCAGGAUGAAGCAACCUAAUUUUACUUUGUGCAAGUGGGUCUCCCCUGAUAAUCAGAAUUGCUCAUCCGACAAAGCAAAAUUUGAUGAGGAUGAGUCUUUACAAAGGACAUCAACUAAACCGCAGCUUCGGUAUAGGGGAACAUCUGAAAUUCAGGAGAAAAGACCAGAAAGUAAUGGGUCUGCACUCAUGGUUGACUACCAAAUUCAAAAGGAACGAUCCAAAUCACUGUCAAUGUUUGGAACUUUGGUUUCUCCAAAACUUCGAGCUGGCCAACUUUCAUUUGAGAUGGCUCUGGAUACACUAGUGGAAAUAGCAAACAUGCGAUCAUCAAUUCUAUCUGCUUAUGAUCAAGUGCGGAAUGAUAUGGAGAGCACCAGAGGUUGACAACAACUUGGUUUUGUAAUGAAAUGGAAAGACGGCUGCCCACAAUUGCUCGAGCUCAUAAUUUCGAAUUGGAGUGCUUCUCAAUUAUGUUUGUGGUGUGUGGCCACCAAAGAUUUUCCUCGUGUAUUUUAUCUAAUUUAUUACGAAGUUCUUGUUGCAGAAUGUAUUGGAUUUUGCUUACUUUUCGUCUAGUGUAUACAGUAUUUGAUAAUUGUUGAUCGGUUUGAUUGUUCAAAGAUUGGAAUCAAUGCCAUCCAUGUUUUGUAAUUUGUAUUGAUUUCAUUUCUUAGACGUUCUUACCAAA